CUGCCCUACGCAAAGCCUUCUUGGAUGUAUUGAGUCACAUCAUUCGCGUUGCGAUAAGAUAUCGAUUUAGCGACAUUUGGUAACCUCCAAAACAUUAUAAUCUCAAACAUUUCGUUGCCAGCAGCUGUAGUUCAAGUUCAAUCCGAGGAACAAUGUUGAAGUUUGCCAUUUUCGCCGUCCUGUUGCCAGCAGUUGUUUUCGGCUUAGCCGUUCGACCGUGCCCCAACAAUGCCCCCUUGCCGCUGGAGGUCCGCGUCAUCGACUGCUACGAGGAACCCUGUGUGAUCCCCAUCGGUGGAAUGGUCGACAUGGAUCUGGACUUCAUCCCGAACCGGGACAGCUCAACCGUGGACGCCGCACUCAACAUCUUCCUCGGGAACUUCCGCGUGCCGUACGACUUGCCGGAGGAUCAACGCAACGCGUGCAACUUCUUCGCCGGACGGGGCUGCCCGGUCAGCCAGGGUGAACAGAUCAACUACCACCUGAGCACUCCCGCGACGGCCCCGUUUGCCGAUGUCACCGUCGACUUGGAGCUGCAGCUGACCGGAGACGAUGGCCAACCGCUGUUCUGCUUCCGAUCGUCCGCUACAAUCACCGCUGCCUAAGUUCGAAAAUAAAAUUUGACGCCUACUAGAUAAGCUUGCAUA